AUGCAAUACGUUGGAAGAGCUUUUGAUUCCGUGUCCAAGACAUGGAGCUCCAUCAACCCAUCCACGUUAUCUGGUGCAAUUGAUGUUGUCGUUGUGGAGAAUGAAUUGGGGGAAUUAAAUUGUUCUCCAUUUCAUGUUAGAUUUGGUAAAUUUCAAUUAUUAAGACCUUCUCAAAAAAAAGUUGAUUUUAUAAUAAAUGGGAAAUUAACUAAUUUACCAAUGAAAUUAGGUGAUGGAGGUGAAGCUUUCUUUGUGUUUGAAACUUCUAAAAAUGUUGAUGUUCCAAAUGAUAUGAUUACUUCCCCUGUGUUAUCUGCUAUAUCUUCACCUGAUUCUUCACCACCUUCUUCACCUAGAAAACAAUCAAAUUCAAAUGUUAAUGAUGGAAAUUUACAAGAACCUGAAUUCUUGGAUAUUUCAAUGUCACAACCAGAUUUAACACAAACAAAACCAAAACCUGUUCCAAUUCCAAUAUCAAAUUCAGAUCCUGAAUUAUCAACAAAACCUCAACAACAACAACAUUUAUCAUCAUCAUCACCAAAAGAUUUAACUUUAGAAAAAUUCCAAAAAUUAUCGAAAAAAUUAACAAUGAUUAAUAUCCCAACAAAAAUUGAUAAAAAUGGUGAUUUAUUUUUAGAUAUGAAUGGCUAUAAAUCAAAUGAACAAAAUAUUCAUGAUACUGAUGAUAUCAUCAACAAGAUCCUUACCGAAGAAUUUGGUAAUGAUAUAGAUGUUUCUCAAUUAGUUAAAGAAGAUGAAAUGGGUAAUAUAAAGAUUUUUUCAUCUGAUGAUUUAUCAUUAUCAUCACCUCCAUUAACUUCAACUUCAGAUUCUUUAGAAUUAUCAAGUAUGAUUUCUGCAUCAACAGGAGGAGUAGAUGAAACAACAACAGAUUCACAAGAUUCUUCCCAAACAAAUUAUGUUAAGACACUUCGGUUAACUUCAGAACAAUUGAAAUUUUUAGAUUUAAAACCUGGUGAAAAUGAUUUAUGUUUUAGUGUUGAUAAAGGUAAAGCCCUUAUAACUUCAAAAUUAUAUCUUUGGAAAUCAAAUGUUCCAAUCGUUAUAUCAGAUAUCGAUGGUACUAUAACAAAAUCAGAUGCUUUAGGUCAUGUUUUAACAAUGUUGGGUAGAGAUUGGACUCAUCCAGGUGUUGCUAAAUUAUUCACAGAUAUAAAAUUAAAUGGUUAUAAUAUCAUGUAUUUAACUGCUAGGGGUGUGGGUCAAGCAGAAAUGACAAGAACUUAUUUACGAAAUAUUGAACAAGAUGGUGAUACAUUACCUUAUGGACCUGUUUUAUUAUCACCAGAUAGAACAAUGGCCGCGUUAAAAAGAGAAGUUAUAUUGAAAAAACCUGAAGUUUUCAAAAUGGCUUGUUUAAGUGAUAUUAUGUAUUUAUUUGGUGAAGUUAAAAAUCCAUUUUAUGCAGGUUUUGGUAAUAGAAUUACAGAUGCUUUAAGUUAUAGAUCUGUUAAUAUACCAUCUUCAAGAAUUUUCACUAUAAAUCCAGUGGGUGAAGUUCAUAUGGAAUUAUUAGAAUUAGCUGGAUAUAAAAGUUCAUAUGUUUAUAUUAAUGAAUUAGUUGAUCAUUUUUUCCCACCUGUUGAAUCAAGUGAUAUUAAUGAUGAACAUUUCACAGAUGUUAAUUAUUGGAGAGAAUCAUUACCUGAUUUAAGUGAUUUAAGUGAUGAAGAAUUAAAUAGUUCAAAUAAAAAUGAAUUUAAUGAAUAUAGACCAAAUUCUAAAAAUCAAAUUGAUUUUGAUAAAAUUAAUGAAAAUUAUAAUGAAAAUGAAGAUGAUGAUUAUGAAGAUGAAGGAAGUGGAAGUGGAAGUGGGAGUGAUGAUGAUGAAGAAGAAGAUUAUGAUGAUGAUGAUAUAGAUGAAGAUAACAAUGAAUUUGAAGAUGAAUAUGAUUCUGAUUUAUCAAAUGAAGAAUCUUUCCAAGAUGAUAUAGAUGAAGAAGAUUUAGAUCAAGAUUUAAUUCAACAACAUUAUCAUCAACACCCUGGUUUGAAUCAAUCAGGUAUAUUACCAAUGACUUCAGAAAGAAGUGGCAUAACAUUAAAUCAAAAUCAUAUAAAUGGUAUAAAUAUUAAUUCAUCAAAUAAUUUUAUUAAAGCAAGUGAAUUAAUGAAUAAAUUAAGUAUAAAUGAUUUGAAAAAAAAAGAUAAUGAAAAGAAAUAA